ACUGCGGGUUUGCCAGCGCCAGCUGCCGCUGUUCGCCUCUUUCCUCUUCUGCUGGCUGAAUUUCGCUCGUCUCAUGUAGGGGUAAACAUGUCUAUAAUGGGAGGAGGUACGAGAGGGUUUUACUUUAACACAGUCCUGUCACUGGCCCGGUCUUUAGCUGCCCACCGUCCUGCACCGGUCGAAAAGGUGAGGAAGUGCGAAACAGUGAUAUUUAAUUUACAAAUGUGUACAUUUAUCAGCCAACGUUUAUAACGCUCAGCAACAGUUUUGUUCAGGGUGUAGCUCCGCUUCCGCACGGACGCUGUCUUAUUUUGAUUAGUGACGCCGACAAGCAAGCUGAAAUGUGUUAGUGGUGAGGGUGUCUGUAAUUGUCAAAACGUAUGUUAUGUUUUUUAUUCCGUAUUUUUUCCCGGGACUAGAAGAAGAGAGCGACACAGGAGAAAGUGGCGUUGCUGCUUGAGUGGUGCCUGUUACUGCAUCACACAGACAGAGCAGAGCAGUCAGGCUUGAACAGCACUGCAGUCAAACAGGUUUACAGGCUGGAGAGCGCAGGGGGGUAAUGAAAGGGCUGUUCACACAAUUCAGCACAAUGAAUGACCUGUUGCAAACAUUAGAUUACAUUUUUUUUGCCUUAUUUUAGGUGUAGUUAGGAAAAAACACCAUCAGUUGCUGCUGUUAUUUUAAAGGCAUGUGUCAUGUUUUGUCAAGUUUGAAGUUUCUUCCACUGUCUUCCACCUUUUAAUUAUCAUGCAUAUCUAUAUUAAGAUUUCUGUGAUACAGAAGGCUGCAGCAUCAUUAUAUUCUAUGGUUAUCUUGAAGACUCCAAAAACAGGCAACUGGACUGUGUAGAGCUGAGAAACAGUCCACUCUACACAGUCCAGUUGCCUGUUUUUGGAGUCUUCAAGAUAACCAUGACCUGGAUGAAUGAGAAUCUACAUGGACAUAUAUUUUAUGGUACUCUCCUUAAAGCAACAUACAGAAAAGAAUACAGAAAACAAAACAAAAUGUGCAAACAGCAAAUUAUCUUUGUGCAAAGUCAUAGUCAACAAAGAUGUAGAGUGGGCGCAAAAGUAGUUCAGCUUGUUGUUAUUCCCCUUAGAUCUAGCAAGGAGGAAACUCAACACUGGAACCUGCAAUCACUCCCAAAACAUACACUAUCAGCAGGUACCUAAAAGUAAAUUUGCCCCUCUCUCUAAACAUCUUCUCUGGCUCUUUCAGGUCCAAAAGCUACAAUGCAUGUGUCCUGUGGAAGUCCGUGGUGCGUUCACUUUGGAUGUGCGUCGCAGGGAUGCUGUUAUUGCGCUGGCUGUGUUUCUGGUGGAAUCUGGCUUACAGGUGGGUGGUGGUCAGGAGGAAAGUCAAGCUGUUAAGGUUUUUUCAACUUUGUGGGAUUAUGUCAGCAUCACUUAAAGGAAAUGAAAAGCCAACCUCAAGGACGCCCUUACAGUUUUUAGAUCAUAGUGUGGGUUUUAAAAUCACACUAGAGUCCGCACAGUGUUUCACUUGCAGUGAUGUUUUAUAUCAAGAAAUGAUUAGUGUUAUUAUUUUAUAAUUUUCCUGCUUUUGCUCCCAGCCUCUCAAAGGGUUAUAUCGCUGUGAUAAGCUUAUUCUCAUAAUCUGAUUAAGCUGGUGAUUAGACAUGCAGCUGACCGUGUAAGCCUCUAACCUCAUCUCAUUGAGACACGGUGUAAAAAGCUCUCUAACCUAAUUAUGUCGAGAUGAAUGCUUCACUUCUGGUGCCAUUAAGUAAUGUCUGACAUAUUAUCUUUGAGCCAGAUUUAAAUAAAAAGUCAUUAUGUUGAAACAAAGUCAUAUUUUUGAUUUGAAAGUACUUUAAAGUGCAACUAAAAGUGUUCCUCUGAGCCGACAAGUGCAGUUGUUUGUGGUUUGUAAUGCUUUGCUUUGCUUUGGCAGCACAAAGACACUCUUGUUCCCUACUUGCUGAGCCUAUUGAGAGGGUUACCACGAGUCCAAUGGAUCGAAGAGAGCUCAGGAAAGAAAGGAAAGGGUAAGAACAAUCCACUUAUGGUGGAGCCUUUUGUUUUCCCGUCGCCUUUGUUUAUUUGCUCUUAAAGUGCUCUGAGUGAUGUCUCAAGUCGAUCUUAUUGACUCUAAACCCAAAUUCAAGAUAUCAUAGGAAGUACGCAUCAACAGCAUCUAUGAAAUGCCAUGAGAUGGCAGUUUUUGUUGCUGCAGACAAGACAGUGGCAUUCAACUGUGAGCAUUUGUUGUUUUCUGCUCCUCAGAUUUUCUCCCGGUUGCAGAAAACUUCAGCUUCUGUCUGGUGACUCUUUUGUCAGAUGUUGCUCAGAGGGACCCGGAAUCCAGAGAACAGGUAGAAAUGAAAAAGAGUUGUGAAAUAUCAGUCUUUGGUGAGGAUGCAGUACAUUUAGUACUGGGAUAAUGGUUCUACCUUUUCCCCUCAGAUCUUGAACACUGUAAUGGAGGUCUUGCAGGCGUUGCAGGACAUGUGCCAAACACCUGAUAAUCACGACAAAGGUACAGAAACACACAUAUUUAAUGGCAGCAAAAUAACACCAGUAGUGCUAUAAAAGCUUGACAGAUGCCUUCUUGUCUUCAGUCUACCUGUGCAAAUACAUUGUCCCCACACUACUGGGCAUGACUCGAGCAUUUGGCCACUACAGCAACACAGAUGAGGCCCUGCUGUCCAAGUUGUUCCCUAAAGAUGCCCCCCCGGCCCGCUGCGUGAUAGAGGAAACUGAGGGAGUGCGCCGCAGGUCCUUCAAUGACUUUCGUUCCAUCCUGCCAUCCUCACUGCUCACAGUGUGCCAAAGUGACACUCUGCGUCGACCUACAGGCACAAACCUGGAUGCCUCUGUACCGGUCUGUGCAUGAUUUAACACAACUCUAUAAAGCAAAGGCAUGACUGUGAGGUCAGGACAAUUCAGAGAGACUGCAGGAUUUAAUGAUCUGUGACUUUACCCAACAAGUGAAGUAGAGAGUAUAAAUGUUGCCUCGUUUUUUUUGUUUGUUUUUUUUAGUGAUGGAAGUAUUUUGUAAUUUCCCAUCCUUGUCAUUGUUUAGGUGUUUACAGAUCCAGGAGGUCACUCACCCUGUUCUCCUACAGCUCCUGGCUCACACUAUUUUGAAGGUGAAACUUUUCAAACACUAAACACUUUGAUUCAACUUAUGUAUGCUGAUGUAAAUCUGUAUUUACUGAACUUCUGCUCACUAAUCAUAAUCAGCCCUCAGCACUAAAUAACAACAAGGUUCUUAUUGCACUUACUUGUUAUUUCUUCUGGUGUCCCUCAUUUCAGGUGCUUACCUACCUGACAGCAGUGCAGUGGAUCCUGACUACUAUUUCUCCUCAGUCAGCUCCAGCUUCUCAGUGUCUCCUCUGUUCUUGGGGGCAGGGGGAAAUGAGGUGGAGGUGCCUGUUGAUCUGCUGAGACAGCUCCUUAACAUGGUACAGUAGCACCGCAACUAUUAAACAUCAUUCAGGUUUGAUGUGGUUUCAUGUGGUUUUUGAGGUUUCAUGUUUACCAGCAGCUGUGUGCUUUGUUGAUUUUCAGGUGAAGAGGUUUGUUUCGGACUCUUUUUUGAAAACCUUGGACGCCACAAUGGCAGAAGUCUCUGAGGUACUUUGUCACUGCUGUGUGAUUAAAAAUGAAACUUCAAAACGACGCUGAUAUCAGUUGAAUGAUUUUUUUUUCUUCUCUUUGUUGUCAAGUCCAAUCCUGGAAUCAACCACUGUUACAAAACCUUCAGUGACCCUCUUUAUGUGUGUGUGUUCAAAAUGCUGCGUGACACACUUUACUACAUGAAAGGUAAGGCAGCACAAAGAUCUCACUUACUUACUUCAAGACUGAGCUCUGCUUUCAUUGUUGGUUUCCCGCUGAUGAGACGGACUAAGUAUUUUUACUCUCUUCCUGUUUAUCAGCCUUGCAGCAGGGGUUUGUACGAGAGGUGCACGACUUUGUACUGGAACAAUUUAGCAGCAGUCAAUCAGAGCUGCAGCGGGUACUUCAUGACACGGGGGGGUUGCCGGGGGAACAGAGCCCCCUCAAGCUCCGUUGCCAAGCCAACGCCGCCUGUGUGGACCUCAUGGUGUGGGCCGUCAAAGAUGAGCAAGGUAAUCAAUUGUAGCAGAGCACGAGCAGAGCGCUGUGUUUGCAUGUCAUUAUCAUACUGUGGUUGCAUCCCUCUCCCCUCUUGGUGUCUCUUAUUUCAGGAGCUGAGAAUCUGUGCACCAAACUGUCAGAGAAGCUGCAGUCGAAAACCUCAAGUAAAGUCAUCAUCGCUCACAUGCCGCUGCUCAUCUGUUGCCUACAGGUAUUAGGCUAGAGGGCAGAAAGAGAACUAGUAUACUCAUUUAGAUACGUCAUAGAGGUGAAAUAUCGCAUAUACUACUAGAUGAUGGAUUUUGGACAAGAAAACAAUUCAUAUGCUCUAAAAUCAGGUAUUAAGUGUCCUCAUGAUUCAGUGCUUUCAUGCAGAACUUAAAAUUAAAUGUCACUUUCCUUUGUUUCAGGGCCUUGGUCGUCUGUGUGAGAGGUUUCCAGUCGUGGCUCAUUCUGCUACAACCUCCCUCAGGGAUUUCCUGGUGGUUCCUUCCCCUGUUCUUAUAAAACUAUACAAAUAUCACAGCCAGUACACCACAGGUACAUACAUUUAUUAACUUUGUUUUCAAGAAACCAUAAAUAUUACUAUUCAAUUUGUUGUGCCAACUACAGUGUCUUAUAGCUGUUUCCACAUUUGCUUCAUUUACAAUUUCUAACUAAAACAUUUACACAGCGACAGAUCAUAAACAAGAUAAGAAGCAUCAUAAAAACAUCACACACACACACACACACACACACACACACACACACACACACACACACACACACACACACACACACAGAUGCAAACCAUGACAGAGACAAGUGUAUGUUAUGUAAACAAAUGAAGGUGACGACAUUUAGAUCCAAAGGAAAACAAAUCAAAUGCAGCGUCACUGGUUUUAGAGCUGAGCAGCUGUUAGCAGAGUUUUCAAAAUAAACUGCUAAUACCUUAAAAUUCCUUUUAUAUAUUUAAGGGUACUUUAAAAAUAUGAUAUUUAAAAAGUACUUGAUUGUUGCAGGGCUGGUUCCUGUAGCCUCACUUCAAAAACUUACCAUAUAAGUCUGAAAUCACUUAAAUUUUUAAAUGUGUGCUACUGAACCAAUUAAAUUAGGAUUUGAUAAAGGGUGAAAGUAAUAUUUUAUAUGAAGUUGAACCAUAGACUGUAUAUAGAAUGGACAGAGUCUGCCACCUCUCUGGGUGAAGCCACUCCGAGAACAGCACCCUCUGGUGACGGGCUGCAGUAUAGGUCAUAAAUCCCGCCUCCACCAGCAAAGCUUAUGGAGCUGUGGACAAACUUUAGAAAUUUAUUACACAGAACAUAAUUUUUCUCCCCCCUGCUUGUGAUGUUGACAUGUAGUUACAGUAAGACUGGUUUGUGCUCGAGUCCUCUUUUGUUCUGUGAAGCUCCGUUUUUAAAAGUUAUUAGGGGGUUCAUGUUUUCUAUGAUUGACACCUGAUACAGCCUAUGGGCGUUCAGGGAUUGCGUAGCUCUCCCGAGGGGAUACGCUGUUUGAGCCAAGCGUCAUCACAGCGACUCUCGGUGACUGCACGGCCGAAUGCGUGCAUCGCUACUGCGCAGCACUGGUUUCAGGAAAUGAAGAAAAAUCCCGGAAAUACCGAGAGCUAUUUGGCUUCAAAUCCGUAUACAGGCGGUAGGCAAAACCAAGUUGUCCAUAGUAUAUACAGUCUAUGAGUUGAACCAUAAGUGUAUACAGCAGGAAUACUGUGAUCACUAGUUUGUCACGAAUGACAGCAGCUACAGAUAACAGCUCAAUAGUGUGUUUGCUGGCACAGCUGUGAUACAUUCACAUCAAUAAGAGUCUCCAAGCCACACACAGACUCUCAUUCACUAUUGAUCUAUACACAAUACCCCCGAUGACCAGCUAAGAAUACAGACAAUGAUAAAUUUCAAUUAAUGCUAGUGUUUUUGUGUGUUGACACACACAGUGAGCUUCAUUAUGUAGUUUGUUGGAUUAUAGAAGUAAACAUGUUCUGCUGUGAUUUAUGAUGGUUCUGCACUAAACUUCUUUUUUUUUAAUCAUUUUAGAAAUGAUAAUGAAUUUGAACUGGUCCGUUUUUCUUAUUUUGUAUGCACUGGUAUCACAUUUUCUUCAGGCACUGGUGAAAUAAGGAUUAAUGUUACCAAUGAGCAUUCUCAGGCUACUUUCAACGUGCUACCAAACAGGAAAGACCAGCCAUCCAUGUACGAGCAGCUCAGAGACAUCUCUAUCGACAACAUCUGCAGGUCAGUCACUCAAACAUCCGUCACAGCCAUGUUUACAAAAAGCAUCCUGUUUAUCUUGAAACCAAUCACGGUCUAUCUCUUCUUGUCACUGUUAUCUCUCAGGUGUCUCAAAGCUGGUCUGACCAUGGACCAGGUGAUAGUAGAAGCCUUUCUGGCCAGUCUCUCUAACCGUCUCUACAUUUCUCAGGAGAACGACAAGUAAGCUACGUUCAACAUUGAAAAAAUAGAUAUUUGGCUCUUGUGUUGAACAUGAGUAUUUUAAAUCCUGGACACAGAUGAACAGCCUUUUUAAAAAUAAAUAUACUAUUCUGCCAGGGAGGCUCAUCUAAUACCCGAUCACACUAUUCGGUCCCUGGGCCACAUUGCAGUGGCUCUGAGAGACACUCCUAAAGUGAUGGAGCACAUCCUGCAGAUCCUCCAACAAAAGUUCUGCCAGCCUCCGUCACAGCUGGACGUCCUCAUCAUCGACCAGCUCGGCUGCAUGGUCAUCACAGGAAAUGUAAGCAGCAUGGUGCUCGCUUCUUUUUAUACAUGUACGGCUUAAUUGUGAUUUUAGAGCCGAACAUGAUUACCAGAGGAAUAAUGAAAAGUGUCGCCUAGCAGUAUAUCUGAAAAUGUUCACAGUAAUGGUGUUACAUAAGCGACUCUUUUCCACAGUUGUAUAAAUAGAAGCAGUAUUACCCUUUUGUUUUUAGCCAGAAGGAACGACAUGUUGUAAUUACUGGUGAAGCGCUGGCUGAUAUUUACUGGCUCAGUGCGGGGCGCAUUAAGAACAGGUUUCAGCACUCUCGUUAAAAGCCUGCUGGAGCAGAGUUUGGUGUUUUUGACAGCUGGUACAACCAGAAUUCAACAGACUAUGAUUAACAGCAGAAUGGGAAAGGAAAUGACAUUUUACAGAGAAUAUAAAUCACUAUAACUCUGUGCUUACCUCAGCUCUGACGCAGAUCAUGCACAAGCUAUGCCUGAUAAUGAAAACUGUAAAUAUCAGAGGUUAAAGAGAAGAAGAUGAGCUGGCAGAUAUGGAUGAAGAAAAAUCACCCAGUCUUCGGUCUCUAGGGUCUAUUUGUGUGUUUGUUUGUCUGACUGAUAUCUUUCUUGUAGCAAUACAUCUACCAGGAGGUUUGGAACCUGUUCCAGCAGAUCAGUGUGAAGGCCAGUUCAGUGGUCUACUCAGCCACCAAAGACUACAGGGAUCAUGGCUACAGGUCAGCGUUUACUCUUACCUCAAUGACGGAAUCAUCCGAGUCUGCAGGUUACUCUUGCCGUGUAGAAGCAGGAAGUAAAGCUGGGAGAAAGUUGAGGAUUUUUGCUGUUUGUCACUUGAUUCCUUUUACACUAGUUUGAACAAAAUGAACACCUACAGUAAAAUACACCUGAUGCUUGUGUCUUCAUUGGCCUUUAUUGUGUAUAAAUGUGUUUAACUUUGCCUCUAUCUGUCCUGUUAUCUGCAGACACUGCUCACUAGCCGUGAUAAAUGCUCUGGCCAACAUUGCAGCAAACCUGCAGGGGGAGCAGCUGGUGGACGAACUGAUGGUGAACCUCCUAGAACUGUUUGUCCAGCUGGGCCUGGAAGGAAAGAGAGCCAGUGAGAGGGCCUCUGACAAAGGACCAGCGCUGAAAGUAUGCACUUAAACACAUGCACAUAUGUGCUUGAACCUCUGACAAACAACAGGAAAUUGAUAACAGCUUGUCGGUGGAUUAAUAAGGACGUCUUAUCUCCUGUAGGCAUCAAGUAGUGCCGGAAAUCUGGGAGUCCUCAUUCCAGUCAUUGCUGUGGUGAGUGUGUGUUGUCUGCAAAAUGCGGCACACGUCAAAUUGACCUGUAUUAACUUGAAGCACAAAUUUGUAAUAAAAAGUAUCCAUAUACAUGAGAUUUUGAUCGCUUCAGAUCAAUCCAAGCUGUUAGUUAGUCUUUAACUCCAUCAACAAAUAUUGUUAGUUAAUUAUUGUUAGCUGCAGCACAAACAUCUGUGUCUCCAGUCUAAAGUUUCCUAGACUCAAUAAUCAUGGAGGAUUAUUCCAUGCUAUUUUUACCUUUAGUCAUAGUGUAUAUUUACAUACAUUUAAAAGUCAGACUUCUAAGGUUUCCAUUUUAAAACAGAUUCUCGUCUAGAGGUGUUAUCUUUUAUUUCAUUAGCCUCUCUGUUGAGGAUAAAAUAGUAACCAGUUGACAGACAAAUCAUCCUUUAUGCCUCAUGAAAGACUCACAUCACUUUUGGAAAUAGAAAGGAGAGGUUUUAACGUUCAGGAAGACACUACAUACACAUACAGACUCAUUACUUGAUGUUCCAAGUACUAAAUGGACUUACAGAAGUGUCUGGCUGUUAAAGACACAAAUAUCACAGCUGAUGAGUGACAAAUAUCUUGGUUAGAGCUGGAAGGACUAAAUGCGUGAUUGUAAAGAUAGUUUAGCUGUUUAGCUCUGUGAAGGAUUGGCCACUCGGCCCAUGAACACAAGGCAGUUUGUGCGGUGCUCGUAGAUCAGGAAGAGGAAGGGCUGGUCCACAGUGAAGCGGAUCUGGGAGGAGAGGGGCAUAAAGCCCACCUGGGUCAGAGCGGCAGCCUCUGUGCCCUCCUCAUUCACAGUGAUGGUCCCCUGGUGCUUAAGCUGCGGGCGACAUCAGAAGUCCAGUUAGCUUGUAAAGUUUAUUGUUGAAGGAUUUAGUUUGGGUGUUAGUCAGUUUGGAUGAAAUCACGACUGAUCUUACUCACAUAGUUCAUGGCGACCUUUUCAGAAGUCAUUCCAGAGAAAUCUGCGCUCUCUUGGAACAAAUCAGUGAGGCCCAUCUCCUUCAGAUUUGGAAUCAGGUCGUAGUUUUGCUCCAGUUUAAACCGAGGCAGCACUACCUCUCGUGUCCUGCAUGGAGGAUGAGAAAAGUUUUAUAUUUUUUUAGUUUUUAAACUUUUCCAGAUGUAAAAUUUCCUGCAUUUCAUGAAAAUUCUAGAUAUAUUUGAGAUGUUCUGAUUUCUACUAAAUUUGGACAUUGUUGGCCAUUUGUGUUGACCUGUUUGUCAUAUUUUUGAGCCAUUUGUUGAUGACAGUGGGGGAGAUCUCCUGUUCCAAGGUCCUCAUGUCAGCUAUCUUCCUCGGCAAAGCGAUGAGCAUGCUGAUGUUUCCUGUGUAUGGGAGCUGAAAAUAGAAAUAGGACUGAAUUCCAGCUCUGCUCGCUCUUUGGAAUAAGUGUGUAAAGGUUUCUAUCAAAGAGAAAACUCUUGGAUGCCAAAUUUAAGUUUCAAAUCAGCGAGGCGGCUCACCUGCAGGACGUCACACUGCAGUUCAUGGUCAGCAGCGGCAAGAUAGUUCCCCUUGUUAGUCAUCAUUGGCACACGUACAGUUGUCUUUUCAUUGACUCUGAAGCUGCGAUAGUGAGUCAUUUCUUUGGGGAACUUUUGUUCCCAUGUUCCUGUUGACACAAACAAGUUGGGUUAGGAGUCAAAUAAGAGUUUCAUGUUUGCUUUGUGUGUUUUGUAAUUCUAUCUCUGUAUCUUUGAAAACAUUAAUGUUAGGGCUGGACUAUAAACCCACAAUUUACUGAUAACGAAAUUUACGACAAUAACCAACAUCAUUUUGCCCAUGUCUAUACAUUGGGUGUCAAAAAAUGAAUAAAUAAAGUUGGUUUUGGAUGUGUGUAGGUAGGCUAUGGUCUCAUGUCCCUUUAAGAUGCUGUCCUAUGUCGGAGACGUGACUCCUACCCAUCCGGUCCGUAACAAAGAGAGAAAGACAGGCGAGGAGAUGUAGGACGGUUCAAAAGUUGUAGUGGCUGAAGUAGAGUAGUAGCUUGUGGAGUAGUUAUCGUCCAUUUAUUGGUAUUGGGGUGAACUGCUCAAUAUAUCGUGAUAUUGAUUUGAGGCCGUAUCGCUCAGCCCUUAUUCUUGUCAUUUUAAAGAAGGUGGAGCACAGUGUCUCUUUUUUUACUCACCUUUGAAGUACAGAUAGUUGAGCAGCAUCAGCACCAUAUUGGGGUCGACACUCUUGAGCGGUUCCUUAAUCAGUCCUUUCGUCAGCUUCAGGAUGCGGCGGUUGGCUUUGUUGAGGAAAGCAGGAUCCCUGAAGUCCACAGACUGCGGCUCUGCAAAAUAAAAGGCCUUCGUCUCCGCGCGGAAAGUGUCCUUCACUGAGAUGUUCUUCUUCACGUACACGUCAUUCACAGAGCGCAGAGUGUAGCCAAAGUUCCUCCUGAAGAGCCUGUGUGUUAGCUUCCUGAACAGCUUGUGCACUGUGGUGUUGUCAUAGUGAUGGCUAGCGUUGACAAACUCAGCGAAUCCCAAGGCUUGAUAAAUCUGAUUAUGAGUUUCUGGUCCCGCCCCCAAGGACAUCAUCCCCAUAGCGAUGGAAAUCCCAGCAGGUGCCAACAGGAUGUUGUCAGUCUGAUUGACAUCAUUGCGGAGGCUUCGGUAGAGGUUGAACCCAAAGUGCGAGUUGAUGGUGUUGAGGCGCUGGAGGCGGGAACGGCCAUUAAACAGCCGUAAGAGUCUGGCACGGCGAAUCUUUGGGUCAGAGGGUUCAGCAAAGAUGUCGAUGUCUGGGGCUGGUGUGGCGAUGUCGUCAAUCUCAUCCCCCUCACUGAAAAUCAAGAUUUAAUCCGUUUUAUACACAGGGUUUGAUGUUAUUUCUGAACACUUUAAGCUUCCUUCUGAGGCCUUUAAUUAAUGAAAUGAUCGGCCAAAUGUAAAAAAGUUAACACUCACAUGUAGUCGUCACUGCCAGCUUCCAGGAUCUUAUCAAAAUCAAUGUAAUCUUCGUCCUCAAAGCCGUCAAAAACCAGUUCAUUAGUGACGGUGUUUUCUUUGUGGAACUCCAGGGGGAUAGCGUCCAUAUCCACUUCCCCCCCUUCGAUGCCUCUGGGGUCCUGCUGAGGGUCAGUGAAAUGUGAUUCGAGGUCUUUAAUUCCAGCUAGACACGGACUGACCAGCAGACAGGCCACAGAGAUGACCGUGGCGACCCACAUACUGAAGACUGAAGCAGAGAGAAUAGAUAUUAUCGCCUAAUUAAAAAACGGACACAAAUUUAGUCGAUUAGAUCGAAUCUCAUUCUUUCCAAUCCAUAAAAGUAAUUUUGUGUCUUUACCAGCUGAAAGUCAAACAGGUUUCCCUGUGAAAUCCUCUUUAUGUCAGUUUCUGUCUGUCAAAUGUCUUACCUUAACUGAGUGUUGGCAGGAAGUGCUGUGCUGCUGUUGUUUGUUAGGACUAAGAGCAAAGAAUUGAAUGCAAAACUGAACUUUGAUGUGGGUUCUUCCUGAACAAAUAGACCAGAUCAAACAGACCCAAAGGUGCUGUCACUGACUAAAAUCAUUAACUUUUCACAAUUCAGCCUCAGUGUGAAGGAGAUUUUAGCUUCAUUUACUCUAGACAGCCAGCAUGUCUGCUGAUAAAAAUACUUAACUGAUUUUAUGUGUUACAUAUAUUAAUUCACCUAUUCAGGGAGCAGCAAAAUUACUGAGUGGAAAAAUUCUCCACCUCGACAUUCAAAAAUCUCUCCUCAAAAUGUUAUAAAUUUUAAUGGAUCAUUGUUUGAUUCACUAAAUGUGUCUAAUUUUCUGACUCUCAGUUGACGAGGAGACUUCCACCAAUCAAAGAGGCCAAACCACGUCUCCAGAAGCUGUUCAGAGACUUCUGGUUGUACUCUGUAGUCAUGGGUUUUGCUGUGGAAGGAUCAGGUGAGAAAAAGAUGGACUGAUAUCAGAAAAAGCAGUUCAAACGUCAUAAUAAUCAUGUGUUAUUUAUUGUCUCUGAAUAUCUGGACACACGUUUCAUUCUUACAGGGCUGUGGCCGGAGGAGUGGUAUGAAGGUGUGUGUGAGAUUGCCACCAAGUCUCCUCUCCUCACCUUCCCCAGCGGGGAGCCCCUUCGCUCUGAGCUACAGUACAACUCAGCUCUAAAAAACGAUACAGUCACACCGGUACAGUCUUUUACUUUGAACGUCAAUGGCUGCAUUACUUUUGAAUCCAAAAUCUCAGGACUGUCCUUUUGAAGCGCUGAUUUCUGUCCUCCAGGCUGAGUUAAGUGAACUUCGGCUGACCAUCAGCAACCUUCUGGACCCUCCUCCUGAAGGAUCUGCGCUCAUUAACAAACUCGACUUUGCCAUGUCCACAUACCUGCUCUCCGUUUACAGAUUAGAGUACAUGAGGUCAGCCUUUGUAUCUGGAUCAUUUUUGGAUAUAUUGAGGUCAUAUUUUUAAGAUUUGUAAUAUCCUUCUCUCUGUUAUUCUCCUCCAGGAUGCUGCGGUCUAAUGAUCCCGACAGGUUCCAGGUCAUGUUUCGAUACUUUGAGGACAAAGCCAUCCAGAAAGACAAAUCUGGUAACAGAUUCGCACCCUUUCAGUCUCGCCUAUUCCUUUCCUCGUUUUGUGUGUUAGUCUUUCUCUGAUUCUUGAUUUUAUCUUUGCAGGUAUGCUGCAGUGCAUAAUUUGUGUUGGUGACAAGGUGUUUGAUGUCUUUCUCCAAAUGAUGGCAGAAAAGGUAGAUAACGUGUUUUCAAUGGCAGCUUUAGGUCAUAACAACUGACAGCAGAGGCCUGAAUGUACUGGUGACUGUAAUGAAAAUGCGAACAUGCUUCUCUUAAAUUUAAGCCAAAGACCAAAGAACAUGAGGAGGAACUGGAGCGCCAUGCCCAGUUCUUGCUGGUCAACUUUAACCACACACACAAAAGGAUCCGCAGAGUGGCAGACAAAUACCUUUCUGGUUUAGCCGAGACGUAAGUGUAAAUGAUCCAAAUCCCUGAUCUGUCCACAUGUACCCCUGUAAUGAGUGCUGAUAGUGUUUCUCAUGUUUUUGACCUCUAACAGAUUCCCCCAUCUGCUCUGGAGUGGCCGCGUGCUGAAAACCAUGCUGGACAUCCUGCAGACUCUCUCUCUCUCACUAAGCGCUGUAAGCAUCAGAUGAGGGCAGGUGUAAAAAAUAAAGAGCCAGGUUUAUAGUUUGAAUCUCUAAAAAAAUCAAGUAAUAGUUUCCUGCAGGGCAGCAGAAGAAAAAAAGUGAUAGGUGUGAAAUAAAAACAAAGCUUCUAUUUUUGUAUUGGAGUUGUUGGCGGUAGAUCCAAAGCAGGAGUUAAAGUAGAUGCUACCAAAAGCUGAAGCUUCAUCAAGCUGUGUUCCUCUGUAUCCAGGAUAUCCACAAGGAUCAGCCAUACUAUGAUAUCCCAGACACUCCCUACAGGAUCACAGUUCCUGACACGUAUGAGGCCAGAGAGGUGAGUCAGACUGUAUUAUACUCAUGACCACCAGAGGGCAGCACAACAUUGUUUGAAAGAGUUGAAUAAUCUGUCACUAGCUCAGUUACAGGUUGUUUUCCUUCCUCUGUCCCAGGAUGUUUUUAAAUGUCAUCACUGUGUUUAACUGAUCAUGUUAUGUAACCAAGUAUAUGAGACAGAGAUCUGAAAGAGGAGAUCUUCCUUAUCUUUACUAUUUUGUGUCUCAAGUGUUUCAUAAUGAUUGAGCUUUGUCUUCAUCUUUUUUAUAGAGCAUUGUAAAGGACUUUGCUGCUCGUUGUGGUGAGAUCCUGAAAGAGGCAAUGAAAUGGGCUCCUUCAGUCACCAAGUCCCACCUUCAGGUUCUUCAUCUUUACAUUUCUUAAGGGCAGCUUAACAUCAGAGAGAUCAAGACUCAAAUAAAGGGGAAAGUUUAGUUUAAUUGACUGAUUCCUUCACAGUAACAGAGAAUGAUUUUACUUAAAAGAAGUGAAAGAGUAGUGAUUUAUGGUGUUUGGUUUACCUUUGGGGUAGAAGACACACUUCUUUAACAACAAUAUUUGAAAAGUUAACAAGUGUUUUACAACUUGACUGUGGAGGAUGUUGUCGUUGAUGAUGUGUAACUGCCUCUCUUUUCCUCUUUUGUUUCUUACUCAGGAGUACUUGAACAAGCAUCAGAACUGGGUGUCAGGACUGUCGCAGCACACAGGUCUGGCCAUGGCUACAGAGAGCAUACUGCACUUCGCAGGCUACAACAGACAGAGUACUACACUGGGCGUGAGUCAAACACACACAUUGAUCAACAUCAAAGUUUGUACAUAAAGACAAAAUUACACCUCCAAAAGAGCCACUUGUAGCAGUCAAUAACAUUUAGAGUCUGCAGAACCCAUCAGUCUUUUACUCUUUUUUAAGUUUGAGUGAAAAAAUAGAUCACAGUCCUUCAAAAAUCCACAACUAAGUUUACAGUUUCUGGUUUCAAAGUCCUACAAAGUUCUUUUUAAACAGGCAGCUGUGAUUUCUCUGAGAGUCUGUAAAUUCUUCAGGAUGUGAUAAACACCUUUUCACUUCUGAGAGUAAACAACAAACUGACAAAAAGAAACUAUCAUUUGUGCUCAUUAACAUUUCUCUGACAGUAACUGCUUCUCUGGUUCUGGUUCGGUUCUCGUUGUUAACACUGACUGUAGGGCUGUAUUUCCUGGUUGUGUGUAUUCUGUAGCUCUGUGAACUCUGGGAAUCUAGGUGCCAAGUUGUUAACAGUUUUGUAUGUCUGUGCGCAUGCUUACUAGUCUGUGUGACGUUUUUUUUUGCUUGCUCUGCAUUUUCCUGUGUGUUCCUGGGCUUGCAUUCUGCUGUAUCUGUCUUUUCAUUUGCUACAUUUUUUUUUUUUGUAUUUUGUCUUUAUUAAACUGCACCGAACUACCUACCUGGUUGCUUGGCUGGUUUACGGAUUUGCUGGUUACCUGGUUACUUACCUGCAAUGGACGGGUGGGUUGUUGGCUGGUUGCCCAUUUGGCUAACUGGUUAUGCUGGUGCUGUCCUCCGCCGUGUGGCCAACCAUAGGCUGCUUUCCCUCAGGUUGGUCUGAUCACUUAAUACAGUGACAGGGCUCAGGCAUGACGCCCUCAGUAUAUCCAGAAGUGUUACAGUUCAGCUACAAACACGUUACUUUAUCAACUGCGUGACAUGUUUUCCUCGUCGGUGACUGUGGGACGCUAAAUAGUCCCUAAACUGUGUUUUUUUCAGACCACCCAGCUGACGGAGAGACCCGCAUGUGUGAAGAAGGACUACUCCAACUUCAUGGCUUCACUCAACCUGCGCAACCGUUACACCGGAGAGGUGAGGUGUCAUCCCGCACAGAUUAUGGUUUGGUUUUGUCAGACUUUUUGCAGAGAAAGGGAUUCAUGCCGGUCUGUUCAUGUGCUGCCACAGGUGGCUGGUAUGAUCCAGUUCUCAGAGGCCACUCACAGCCAGUCAGAUCUCAACAAGCUGAUGAUCCAUCAGAUGACCAGCGCCCUGGACAAGAAAGAGCCAGAGGCCUUCACUCAGGCUAUGUUCAAGAUGGCUGCCCUGCUCAUAACUACCAAGAGUGAGCAGCUCUGCCUCAUUUCAUGCUAACACUGUACAGAAUGAGGCAGUUCUGUGUGUCAAGAUGAAGUUUUGGUAAUCUCCUCUGUUUGUCCCUCAGACUGUGAUCCUCUGCUCCUGCACCAUCUGUGUUGGUCUCCUCUGAAGAUGUUUACAGAACACGGCAUGGAAACUGCGAUCGCCUGCUGGGAAUGGCUGCUGGCUGCACACAACGGGGUGGAAGUGCCGGUAUGUUUAUCCAUCACUUUCUCUAAAAACACAUAUGGGUUUUGUAAAUAAAUGUGUAUUUUAGUUCGUAGCUGAUUCCCAUGCUCUCUUUCCAUCUGUGCAGUUUAUGCGUGAGAUGGCAGGAGCUUGGCAGAUGACAGUGGAGCUGAAGAUGGGUUUGUUUUCAGAGGCAAAGGAGGAGGCUGGCCCUCUGGCAGUUUCAGAGGAGAGUCAACCUGCACCGUGUGCUCCUGACGUUAUUCCUCACUUCCUCUGGAUAGAGGUUAGUCAGUAACAAACGGACUGAUUUUUGAUUUCUCACCAGCCACUUACAUUUAACACUUACUUCAUUUGAAACUCAGAAAUCACAUAUCUUGAUGUCACUAAAAUACACGCUGCAUGCCUAUACCAAUCCACAGUACCAGGCUGUGAUGCUACACUACAGAGACCCACUGAAAAAUGAUAUUCAAAACGGUCAAAUCUGUGGACUUUGAAAUGCAGAGCUCUCUUUUAACAGACCACCUGUAUGAUAGUUUAUUCUUUUUUUUUUCUCCCUUCAGUUUCUGGUGCAGAGAUUUGAGAUAGCCAAGUACAGCAGUGCUGACCAGGUGGAGAUUUUCACCACCAUUCUGCAGAGAUCUCUGUCUUUGAGUGUAGGCGGUCCCAAAAGCAGCCUCAACCGGCAUGUUGCUGCCAUCGGGCCAAGAUUCAGGUACCCUGUCCUGUUAUGAGAGCUAAUGGUUCAUUACCUCCGCCAAGGAGGUUAUGUUUUCGGUAGCGUUGGUUUGUUUGUUUGUCUGUUUGUCUGUUAGCAACUUUACGGAGAAAGUUAAAGACGGAUUGACCUGAAAUUUUCACCAGAGGUGCGUCUCAGCCACAGGAGGAUCCCAUUACAUUUUGGUGGUGAUCCAGAUCGCCUUCUGGAUCCAGGAAUUUUUUGAAGGAUUCUUUAUAAUUGUGAGAUAGGGCACAUUUUGGAAUUUUUGCAUUUAACUCUAUAAAAAUGUCCAGAGUCUUUAGUAAAAAAUGACACAAAAGGAUCUCAAUGAGUUUUAUGAGGUGUCAAAGGUUGAUCCUGAUCCAGACAAAAUUCCGGAUACUGUGAUCCAGAACACACAAAAAUAAGGGUGUCGUUGGAAUUUUCAAUGCUGAAAGAUAACCAAUGGGCGGCACAGUGGUGUAGAUAGGCGGCACAGUGGUGUAGUGGUUAGCACUGUCGCCUCACAGCAAGAAGGUCCUGGGUUUGAAUCCAGGUCAGGGCAUUUCUUGUUUAAGGAACAUUAUGAACAGUGAACAUACCAGUUUAAACACAAAUAAAAGUUAAUAAAAGACACGUAACAGUAAAAGUUUUGCUGUGAAUCACAAUAUAAGGGGGGACAUGAACUGCUUGGCGGAGGUCUGCGCUCUCUGAGUGCUUUUCUAGUUUUUGAAUAUUAUGAUAGUUUAACCCAAAAUCUAAACCUGGUUUAACUGAUUUUUUUUCUGUUUUUUUUUUCCAGAUUGCUGACUCUGGGUCUGACUCUUCUGCAUGCUGAUGUUGUCACAAAUGCAACCAUCAGAAAUGUUCUUCGAGAGAAGAUCUACUCCUCGGCUUUUGACUUCUUUAGGUAAAAAACAAACAAACAAGCUGCUCCGUUAAGAAGUAUUAAAAGUCUUUGGAUGUGAUUUGAAACUGUCUGCGUGCUUCUCUGUUUUUGUGUAGUGUUGCUCCUAAAUUUCCCACCCAGACUGACAAAAGGCUCAGAGAAGACAUAAGUAUCAUGAUCAAAUUCUACGCCAGCCUACAGUCGGACAAGAAGUAUCUGGCUGCCAACCAGCUGGUUCCUCCAGGUACAGGACAAAGAAAAAAGACACUAAAUCUUUGUACAACCAUAAAUGAAUCAUUAGGAUGAUCUUGGGUUUAGCUCUUUUACUUGAUCCCUUUAUUGAUCAAUGAUUAUUUACUUAAAGGGGAGAUUAACCUUUUUUUUUUCUUUGUGUAGAUCCUCAGGACAUGUCUGUGAACAGCCUCUCGGUUGUGGCAGUGACAGACAGCAGAAGCAGCCUCGAUGCCGCUGUGGGCCAAAGGCAGCAGGUGGCACAGGGCUGGAUCAACACAUACCCUCUCUCCUCUGGGAUGUCUACUAUAUCCAAGAAAUCAGGUAAAAGACACAUAAAGCUUGUGGUAAAUCAAUGCUUCUUUCAUAAAGUUUCACCAUCAUAACCUUCUUUCUGUCAUUUGUACCUCUGCUCUGUUUUUCUUCUUUCAGGACUCUCUAAAAAAAGCAACAGAGGCUCUCAGCUUCACAAAUACUACAUGAAACGCAGAACUUUACUCCUAGCUUUACUGGUAUGAACAAAAACAUACGCUACUAUCAAUGAAAUAACCGUAUAAUUUCAUAUCUGCGUAUAGAUCUGUUCUUACAAGUCUCAUCCCUCAUUUGUCUCUCUAGGCCAGUGAGAUUGAGCGUCUCACAAUCUGGUACAACCCGUUAUCGGCUCAAGAGUUGGCCAUUUCCACUGAGCAGUCCGUGGAGACCAGCAUCGCCAACUGGAGGUCGAAAUACAUCAGUCUGACGGAGAAACAGUGGAAGGACAACGUCAAUCUGGCCUGGAGCAUCGCACCUUACCUCGCCCUACAGCUCCCUGCGAGGUACGGCAGCGCAUCACACGCAAAGAUGCAGAAUUUUUUGGACUAAAAGCGUAAAGCCCAAUAAUUUUAUAAAGGUUCAACUAUUUUGUCCCCCCAAAUAAAAGUUUAAUACCCUUUAUCUGCAUAUAAUGCCUAUAUAAUAACAGGUUUAAUCAUUCGUUGGGGAUGUUAUAUUAAAGUUUGUAUUUGUUUGCAGGUUUAAAAACACAGAGGCCAUUGUGUCUGAGGUGACUCGCCUGGUUCGAAUGGAUCCGGCUGCUGUGUGUGAUGUCCCAGAAGCAGUCAAGGUGAGGUCAACCACCCGAUAAAACGAACAAAAUGUCACCCUUUUAUGAAGUAGUUUUAUUAACAUGGUUUUUAUUCAGAUUUAUCAGGAGCAGAAUGUCAUCAAUUUAGUAGGAGAAGGGCUGAAUUUUGACUUAAAAGGGGUUUUAAGUUGUCUAAAUGUCAGUGGAGUUUGGUUGCUGUCACUGAAACUGAACAGUCUUCCAUAAUCUCUUUUUUUCUCUUCAUUUUAUCCUACUUCUUUGCUUUUACACCCAGUUUAAACAAUAUACUGGGUGUAAAACUCUGAUUAUAGUAUAUAGAGACACUGCAGUCAUCGUAGCCAGUCAUACAAGCUUAUUGACUUCAUUUAUUUAUAAGUUUAAGAAUCAAAAUAUUCUUCAUUAAAACUAAGAGUUAAUAAGUUUCAUUGCAGCAAAGGUCAUGCACGAGCAACAACAACCACUAAUGCUUUCAUAAGGUUGUGUCCUUGCUGGUGUGUUGCUGAAGUAACCCUUUUUUCCCUCCAGCUUCCUCAAGUCCUUCCUGUUUAGUUCUACUUGACUGAACUCCUAAUGAGUCCGGUAUCAGUCUGAAGACGAAGCACAGGGAGGCAGAGCACGGCCUUCCCAAAAGGCUUCAUAACUUAGCGAUUGAUCCUGCCUGACAUCUCAUGGUUGUUUAUCCCCGUCACUUUCAUAACUGAUAAACACAGCGUCCUCUGGAGGCUAGUUAGCAAACCACCAGGCUUUGGGUCAUAACCUUGCAUCACAUCGCUGUCAUGUUUGUCUAUUAUGGAUCCUGUGUUGCACAAAAGAACACAUCCGUAUGUUGAUGUCAAUGUCGGUGGUUUUAAAGCAUUUUAUGGAUAUUUCUGCGUUUUGUGUUUUGUCAGUUUCUGGUGACUUGGCACACAAUAGAUGCUGACUCCCCAGAGCUGAGUCACAUUCUGUGCUGGGCUCCUGCAGAUCCUCCAACUGGAUUGUCCUACUUCUCCUCCCUGUACCCUCCUCACCCCCUCACAGCUCAGUAUGGGGUCAAAGUUCUCCGCUCCUUCCCCCCGGUAAGUUCACAUACAGUACGGGUGGGAGAAAAAAUCGAUACAGCAUAGUUUUGCGAUAUCUUGUCUGGAGAUAUAUCCUAUCGUCUCAUUAACCAAGUAUCAAUUUUUCAAAUUAAUUGCUAAUAUGAUGUCAACUCUAUGAUAAUGGAAAACUAAAAUUAACUGUUUGUCCAGUGAGGUUGGCAGAAGUAAGAUCAUAGAGCAGGAGACAGUUAGUACAACAAAUAUAGCAGCACCUGGGGAAAGAAGUUAGGAACGCAAGCAGGGCACAAAUGAGAUGGACCUGAUACAUGAGCUUAACAAGAUGUGCUACAUGAAAAUAAAAUACUGUGUAAAUAAGACAAACAUAAAGGAAAGACAAAUGCUUAAUUAACUUAAGAGCUGAAAAAUUGUAUAGAUCGCAAUACAUUGUAUCACAAUAGUCACUGUAUUGCAAAAUGUUAAAAAUCACAAUAAUAUCAUAUUGCGGCCCAAGUAUCGUGAUAAUAUCGUAUCGUGGGGCCACUAGUGAUUCCCACCCCUAAUAUACAGCAUGUGUACAUAAUGUACAUAAUGCAUAAUGACCGAUGUAACACUUGACAAAUUAUUAGUCUUAAUUAUAAGUAGUGUAUCAAGGGUCCACAAUUUACUCUAUAGAAAUAAGUCUUGCUUUUCCUUUCAUGUGAAACAGAAAUUGUUGCAAACAACCUUUUUGCCGGUUAUUGGUUAUGGAGAUGUGUUGUAUAUGGAAGCGUCUGCUAGUUGUCUACAUAUGCUAGACAGUGUGUACCAUGGAGCACUGAGGUUCAUUACCAACCGCGGUCCCCUUACUCACCAUUGUGUACUAUAUUCUAUGGUUAACUGGACGUCUUUACAUGCUCGACGCCUCUGUCAUUGGCAUGUGUUCAUUUACAAAACCAUUCUGGGACUCAUUCCAGCCUAUUUUUCUUGUUUCUUAACUAAGAAACAAGGAAGCCACAAUCUUCGUUCGAUGGAUGUUCUGCAAUUUGUUACCCCCAAAGUACGAACUGAACUGGGCAAGAAAGCAUUUAGGUUUGCAGCACCUGAUGCUUGGAAUAAAUUACAAUUGAAACUUCAACUUAAAGCCCGAGUUACAUUGAAUGAGUUUAAAGCUACUGUAAAAGGUCUGCAGUCUUCCCUGUCUGUAUGCACGUGUGUUAUGUGAGAAAGUUUGAAUGCUGUAAAUUUUAUAUUUUAGGUGUUAUUGUUUUCUUUUUUUUUUUUUCUUCUUUUUUAAUGUAACUUCGCUGCUGCCCUCUUGGCCAGGUCUCCCUAUGGGACUUACCUGGUUAAAUAAAGGCUAAAUAAAAUAAAAAACUCUAAAACUAUCAUGUUUAGUAAGAAUUUUUAACUUAACUUGAGUCAAAUAAACUGAGAGAUAGGAGAUUGUUGUUGUUAUACAAUUACAGUUUUUUUCACUCUAAUUGAAUGUUUCCUUUUCUGUUUUUAGGAUGCUAUUUUGUUCUACAUUCCACAAAUUGUCCAAGCACUUCGAUACGACAAGGUAAACUGUGUUUAUUUAUUAUUGUGCUAGGACAUGCUUGAAAUCUCUCUCCUUCUCAUCAAAUUUAGCUUCAUGUUUCUCUUUUUUCUUUAGAUGGGUUAUGUGAGAGAGUACAUCCUGUGGGCCGCUCAGAAGUCUCAGCUCUUGGCUCACCAGUUCAUCUGGAACAUGAAGACCAACAUUUUCCUGGAUGAGGAAGCGCACCAGAAAGACCGUGAGACAUUUUCAAACUCACUUCCUCAUUUCAGUCCUUUCUACAAUGGAGUCGCACCGUCACUGCUGUUGUCUCUCCCUCACAGCUGACAUCGGCGAGCUGCUGGAGCAAAUGGUGGAGGAGAUCACGGGCUCUCUGUCCGGCCCGGCCAAAGACUUCUACCAGAGAGAGUUUGACUUCUUCAACAAGAUCACAAACGUGUCCGCCAUAAUCAAGUACGAGCAGCAGGUUUUGUGUUUGGCUUUUUGAUGACAGUGCAGCACUUCAGAAAUCUGGAAGACUCCAUGGCAGCCAACAUGUACUUUAAUGUUAGGUUUUUUGAGCGUUUAUGGAGAGUUUUAAAGUGUGAAGAGGAAAUGAUUUUUUUAAUCUUAAAACAAGAGUUGAGUAUCUUGAGUAAUGACUGUGACAUUGAAAGAAAAGAGAAACAAAUGAAGUCAUCAAAGGCCUCGAAGUUAACUUUGAACCUUCACACGGCCCUCUAGGUAAUAUUUAAGGUGUUAAUGAAGUGAAAAAUACAUUUCCCCUAAGUCAGGGUGUUUUGUUCCUUUCCCGCCUUGUUUUACCAGUGAUAUCAUCUCUUAACAUGUUUGUUGUUCAUUAAUUUAACCGGCGGUUGAUGUAUUAUCCCUCAGAUCAGAGCACUUAAGUGGAAAAUCUGCCUCCCUCUGCCCCAGACUACCUGUCUCUCAGUGUGUGUGCCCUAAAGCUGAUGAGCAGCUCUCUGACAGGUCCCGUUAUAGCCGACUCUUAGAGAGUGUCUUUUCGCUGACAGGAGGCAGACAAAUUCCCCUCAGCCCUCGUUAGAAAGAUAAUUACAAUUGUCCAGGGGAGAAACUUGUGCCGUCCCCCGGCUUUCGCUCUCAUACUUUCCACUCCAGGGACUCUCCUGUGUGAAUAACAACGGAGCCCGACUGUCACCUGUGGUCUGGAGUCGUGCUAUGAGAUACCCAUGCAUGCUUAAGUUGUUUUCGUUUGUCCUCAUCAGACCUUUUCCCAAAGGAGAGGAGAGGAAGAGGGCCUGCCUGGAAGCCAUGUCACAGAUCAAAGUUCAACCCGGCUGUUAUCUGCCCAGUAACCCAGAGGCCAUAGUUCUGGACAUAGAUUACAAGUCUGGGACCCCCAUGCAAAGGUGGGCCUACAAACUAUUUUCAGUUGUAGUGGUACAAAAAAGCAAAGCUACUAAAAGCAGCUUUAUGUUUUCCUUGUCAUUAGUGCCGCCAAAGCUCCUUACCUGGCCAAGUUCAAAGUCAGGAGGUGUGGAGUCAGUGAGCUGGAGAAAGAAGGUACUGCUGCUAAUGUUUGAUACAACGAGGAUUAGACUUCUCAAAUGUGUCCACAAAUCAUCUGUUUUUCAUGUAACCUUCCUCUCAGGUCUGCAGUGUCGCUCAGACUCCAUCGAUGGGGAGAAAAGUGAAGAAGAAGCAAAGAGAAUCUGCUGGCAGGCGGCCAUCUUUAAAGUGGGAGACGACUGUCGACAGGUCUGUUUCUUCCUAUUCUCCUGUCAAAACACCUCCAUGUAAUAUCUCCUCUUUUCAUGCUUACGUUAUCUUUGCUUGAUUUCCUUUUUAUAAAUAGUUUUCUUUGUGUUCACAGGACAUGCUGGCUCUCCAGAUCAUCAGCUUGUUCAAGAACAUCUUCCAACUUGUGGGUCUGGAUCUCUACGUGUUUCCUUACAGGGUGGUGGCAACAGCUCCUGGAGUAAGUGGAAAAAAAAAAUCCUCUAUCAAAACAAUUUUACAGCCACAAUGUUGACUUGAAGAUUUGAACUUUCUUCUUUGACCUUCUUUAUGUUUCUGAUGUUUCACACAGUGUGGAGUGAUUGAGUGCAUCCCAGACUGCAAGUCUCGUGACCAGCUAGGCCGACAGACUGACUUUGGCAUGUACGACUACUUCAGGAACCAGUAUGGAGAUGAAUCCACCCUGGCGUUUCAGAAGGUAAAUGCCUUAAAAUCAACAUCCAACAUGAUUCAGUCAUUUACAGCUUUAAAAUCUUGACUACGUUUUUUUGAACUCAUAUCUCUCCAGGCACGGUACAACUUCAUCCGCAGCAUGGCCGCCUACAGCUUGCUCCUCUUCCUGCUGCAGAUUAAAGACAGACACAAUGGAAACAUCAUGUUGGACAGUCAAGGCCACCUCAUCCACAUUGGUGAGUAAUGUGUGCAUUUAGUGGCUCUGAUAGCUAGAAAAGCCUCGAUAAUUUUCAUAUCCCUGCUGACUCAUCUGCGAUCUGCUGAAAAUGACAUCAAGAUGAUUUCAUUACUGUUGUGGAUCACCAGUCAUAAAAACAAGGAGUUUUUUUGUCUAGAAUUGAUUGAAACCUGCUGCAAGGAUAAAGAUGCAGAAUAACAGUUAUUGAAAAGCAAAGUAAAUGUAGGGCUGGGCGACAAUGGGAAGAUGUUUAUCACGAAAUAGCUCCACAUCACCGACGCUUACUCGUGUUGUCGAUGAUGUUGAUCGACCUGAUCAUCUGUUGAGCCUUCAUCUGCAUUUCUGCCGGGGGUAUCACUCAUUUUCUUUUUUUCUCACCGACAGUGCUGUUGGCUUCACGUGUUAAAGUGCUAUGGUUGUGUGUAGCUGCAGCCUGCUACUACACAGUUGUUUGCUACUUUGGACAUGAUUGGUUCAGCGCGAAGCCGACUCGGAGCAACUCCCCUUUUCAUUGGUUAUUUGUAUAGUCCCAUAACAUGGCAGAAUGCCGACUAUCGAAAAGCAUAUUGACCAUGUUUUACAUUGAUAUCGAGGGAAAUAAAUUUUUGAUAUAUAUCAUUAUCGUUUUAUCGUCCAGCCCUAAGUAAGCGUCUAAAAAUAACUGCUGACCCCUUGUAUAAUUGAUGUGUGUUUGUUUUUCAGACUUUGGCUUCAUGUUUGAAAGCUCUCCUGGUGGAAACCUCGGCUGGGAGCCGGACAUCAAGCUAACCGAUGAGAUGGUGAUGAUCAUGGGCGGCAAGAUGGAGGCGACCCCCUUCAAAUGGUUCAUGGAGAUGUGUGUGAGGGGAUACCUGGCUGUCAGGUGAGUGUGCAGAAACGGUAGAGCAGUUUUACUCAACAUAUCAAAAAUUUCCUAAAAGAAACAUUAAGAGGAGUUCUCCUGUUGAAUUAGGCCCUACAUGGAUGGAGUGGUCUCUUUGGUUACACUCAUGCUGGACACUGGCCUCCCCUGCUUCAGAGGACAGACCAUCAAACUGCUCAAGUGAGUGAGGCGUGUGGAUUUACUCAAAUUUUUGUUCUAAGCUUGAGUGGCAUCUGCAGCAUAACGCUUCCCUCUCAUGCGCAGGCAGCGGUUUAAUCCUGGUCUGAGUGAGAAAGACGCAGCGUCCUUCAUCAUCAAAGUCAUCCAGAAUUGCUUCCUCAGCAACAGGUAAAACCAGAACCUAAAAUCAUAACCUCCAAAUGUAUCUCCUGAAGCAUCUCCACAUUCGUAAUCACUCUUUUCUUUUUGCUUUACAGGAGCAAAACCUACGACAUGAUCCAGUAUUACCAAAACCAGAUCCCAUACUAGACGUCUGUGCCUCAGCAUGUGCAUAUAUUGCCUGGUACAUUGUGUGUGUGUGUGAGUGUAUGUGUAUGUGUGGGCAAGUGUGUGUGUGUGUACCUUUUGUUGAUGUUUUAUGAUUAAAGAUUGUGGCUCUUAACUCCUGCUGAUUGUUGGAUGUAUCGUUUGUAUUUGCUCGUUGUUUCCUCUAUACCUGUAUUUCUUUCAACAAGUUGUCUUAUUUAUGAUGUUGUGUUAAAAUGAUGUCGUUUAUUUUAAUCAUACUAUUGCACUAGCAUCUUGACUCGUGUGCACUUAGAGAAAACAGCAUUUGAUAUCCUGCACGUUCAGUAAAUACUUCAAGAAGAGUUUGUGCCAACUUUUAGAUACUUUGUAAUGUUCGUAAAUGUUGGUUCUUAAAGCGGUUGGUUUUAGACGGGGUUUGAAACGUUAUGUGGAUACUUGAAGUUUCCGAUGUGGACCGGUUUUAGUUCUGACCAAUGUGGCCUAAUCUGUCAUCCUGUACUUGACUGUGCUUCUCUCUUAAAUGGACCAGUCAGAUUAGUGCGACCUGUGGCUUGGUGCUUGUCUUGUAAUAAGUGCUGGUGACUGGUUUUAUCGAUGCAGGUGACACAGUCGGUAUUUUGCUGUUACCUCAGCUGUGGGAAACACUGCGGCUGAGUUGUGUAUAUUAGGUAUCGCCAAAGGAGGAGGGAAGAUAAUGCACAUAAAUCCAACUCUCCUGUUGUUUGUGAAUGGAGGUAAAACUAAGCUUGAAUGUUGGGCAGUUGCAUGAAGUUGAGCAUAAACUACCAUGUAGCCUGUGUCUGAUGCAGCUUUUGGUCAGAGUAACUUUAGUAAAGCCAAAGUGCUGUGCCCCAUGUUCAUAAAGGCUUUUAACUCUGUAAUGUUACUGAUUGUAAAGACUUUGCCUCUCUUUGUAUAUUUAUAAUCAUGGCUCAUUUUCUGUCUCCUUUUCUAUCUUCAUGCCUUUUGACUGAGAAUGCAGAGAAUAUGAAAUAUAAUAAAGAUCUAUUAAUGUAUA